UGCUUCCUCAACUCCAUCCUGCAGUGCCUGACGUACAUGCCCCCUCUCACCAACUACCUGCUCUCUCGUGAGCACAGCCAGUCAUCCAGUGCCAUCCAGCCGAGGGCUGUCGCCAGUGUCCUCACACGAAUAGGAGAACACUUUGAGCUUGGCGUGCAGGAAGAUGCCCACGAGUUUUUAUGCUAUACUGUUGAUGCCAUGCAGAGAGCUUGCCUGAGUGGAAGCAACCACUUGGACAGCUCUUCUCAAGGAACUACCAUCGUCCAGCAAAUAUUUGGGGGCUUUCUGAGAUCAAGAGUAAUGUGCUUGAGUUGCAAAGCCGUUUCCGACACCUACGAGGCAUUCCUUGAUAUUCCUUUGGAUAUCGAGGCAGCCUCCUCUGUCACUGGAGCUCUGGAAGACUUUGUCAAACCUGAGCAGCUGGAUGGUGAAAAUGGCUACAAAUGCAGCAAGUGUGAACAGCUGGCCACUGCGUCCAAGAGCCUUACAAUACAUCGUUCGUCCAAUGUCCUGACAGUGUGCCUGAAGAGAUUUGAUGCUUUUCUGGCAGAAAGAUUAGCAAGUUCCAAUGUGAAGAUAAGCACCUACUGUGCUCGUAAAGAACUGGUUGUGCAGUACCCAGAAUAUUUGGACCUUGGCGCAUACAUGUCUCAGGCGGGUGGAGAACCGCUCCUCUAUUCCUUGUAUGCCGUCCUGGUACACGAAGGUUCUGGCUGUCAGGCAGGACACUAUUACUGCUUCGUGAAGGCCAGCAAUGGAUGGUGGUACAAGAUGAAUGAUGCCUCUGUAGGUCUUUGUGACAUCAAGACUGUUCUCUGCCAGUGUGCAUAUUUACUCUUCUAUGCCAG